CGUUAACCCUCUUGCUACCGCCAAGCUUAUAGUCGCUUUUUUCCCUUUUAGUCAUUGCCUUGGUUUUUUUUUCACUUUGGGGAGGUGAUGAAAGAAGGAAGUUGCUGCUGUUCUGGAUACUCGAGUCCCUCCCUCCACCCCCCCAGUAUUCCCGCUCUCUGUGCACCCGGUCCUCAAGGGCUAUAUGGCUCCCAUAACCCCUUGCUCGCCCGCAGAUAAUCUUAGACACCGCCUUUGCGCCGCAGUGGCCGACGGGAGCUGUUCCUUAGGUUUCGUGACUACGACUCCCGGCAUCCUUCGCUCCGCGUCACUGCACGAAAAAUGGGAGACGAGGAGGACAAGAAGAAGCCGCGGGUGCUGCAGAUGGUACGGGCUGACGGGUCAGAUAACAGCUGCAUCACGUUUGUGCUCCACAAUGAGGACCACACCCUUGGCAACUCCCUUCGGUACAUGAUAAUGAAAAACCCUGAAGUGGACUUCUGUGGUUACAGCAUCACCCAUCCUUCCGAAAGCAAAAUCAACUUCCGUAUCCAGACCAAAGGAGGCCUCCCUGCCGUCGAGAUGUUCCAGAACGGGCUGGAGGAACUCAUGGGUGUCUGCCAGCACGUGCUUAGCAAAUUUGAGGCAAGCAUAGAAGAGUACAAGACCCAGAAGGAUGUAAACAUGGAGUAACCAUGGAGGUGCCAACAUGAUGGAUAUCACUGUACAUAAUACUGGCUUUGGAUUGUGACUUUCGGGGUGGGCGAGAGAAAGUUUUAUUUUUUUAUGGACUUUGGGGGGGGUGUUCCUUAAUAAACAUUAGAUGAUGAAAUCCUUA